UGUCCCUGUCACACAAGACACAUUCUCGUUCAAAACUACGUCCUAUUGAAAUGGCGAUUGGCGAAUCCUUUGACGUUUCGUAGUACACUCGAAAAAUGAUACAAAAUUGAAUUAGAAUUGUGUAUUUAAAGUGUUUCAUCAAUUAAAUUAUUCAAAACAUGUUGUAUUUUAAUUGUUUUGAGUUUUAAUAUGUUGAUAAGUGUUCAGUGAAGUGUAUAAAUCGAUAGCUUUGCGAAGCAAGUGGAGCAUAACAUCAAUUAAUAUUUCCAUUUAGUUUUGCAAUUGCAAAUAGUUAAUAGACAGGAUGCAUCGACCCAAAUAAUUAAUUCCAUUAACUUCCUGUUUGAUAAAUAUCUAACUAACACUGUGUUACAGAAUACAGACUCAAUUUAAUGUUAUUUCUGUAGAAGAAGCUGUUGUUUCGUUUUAUUUUUCGUAGUUUGUGCAAAUCACAGAUUUAUCAAUGAAAUGGAAGAAAUCUAGAAACAUAGUCGUGUGGACUUGAAGUGUUUUUAAAAUGGUUACGAUGAACUCAAACGAUAAGGCUGCCCAGAAAGCCUGUCAGCAAGGACCUUCCAGGGAGACAAAAGGCGCCAAGGAUGAAAAGGGGGAGAAGUUCAACAAAAAGGAUCUAACGGCUGGUCUCCCCUCAACCAUAAAGGCGAUGGUGGCACAUGUUCCACCUAGAGAGGAGGCGCCUUACUUCCUCACAUACAGAAAGAUGGAGGAGUUGAUUGAGAAGAUGCAAGAUGAGAAUACAGGAGUUCCUGUGCGCACUGUCAAGAGUUUCAUCAGCAAGAUUCCGUCCGUGUUCACCGGCUCGGACCUGAUCGCGUGGCUGAACCGUCACCUUAACCUGGAGGAGAGUUGGGAGGGGAUCCACCUGGCUCAUCUUCUAGCUGCCCACGGCUACCUGUUCCCCAUCGACGACCACUGUUUGACUGUCAAGAAUGACAGCACCUACUAUAGAUUCCAAACGCCGUAUUUCUGGCCCUCGAACCAAUGGUCUCCCGAGAACACGGACUACGCGGUGUAUCUGUGCAAGCGAACAAUGCAGAAUAAAGCCAGACUCGAACUGGCUGACUACGAGGCUGAAUCGUUGGCCAGGCUGCAGAAGAUGUUUACCAGGAAAUGGGAGUUCAUAUUUAUGCAGGCAGAGGCACAGAGCAAGGUUGAUAAGAAACGGGAUAAGUUGGAGAGGAAGGUGCUGGACAGCCAGGAGAGGGCAUUCUGGGAUGUCCACAGACCCAUGCCGGGGUGUGUGAACACGACAGAGAUAGACCCGAAGAAGAUGUCGCGACUCAACGCGUUGAAAGAGAAACGUGUCAACAUAUGCAAGGAGUGGUUUAUGCAAAAUAAUCAGAAGACUAAUCCUAUAGUGACCAUCACAAAUCCCCAGGAGAGUGAAGAAGCUAUACAGAGAAACGCUGAAGCGAAUGAAACCAAAGAAAAUGGCGAGACGUCGCAAGCGCAGUUCGAGACCAAAGAUGUGGACAAGCCCAGCGUGGAGAGUCAGAUAGAGGAAGCGCAAAGACAGCUGGGAGUAUUGCGAGCGAGGCUGGAGCGACGGAACGUGCGCGUCAGUAAGGUGGCCGAGAUGUUUAUAUCAUACUGCUCUCAGUACGCUGAGUAUGACGCGUUCCUGACGGCUCCAGAGUGGCCAAACCCUUGGAUCAGCGACACGGUGGAGCUGUGGGAGCACGAGAAGCAGUGCAAGGAACCUCUGCCUCUCCGUCGGGUCCGACGCUGGUCGUUCGGUCUGCGGGAGCUGCUGCGAGAUCCUCCAGGUCGAGAGCACUUCGCGAGGUUCCUCAGCAAGGAGUUCAGCGGAGAAAACCUCAAAUUCUGGCUAGCGGUUCAGGAGUUGAAGGCGCUUCCCGUGCGCCGAGUGUCCGCGAGGGCCAGGGAGAUAUGGAAGGAGUUCCUGGAGACUGAUGCACCUUCUCCUGUCAACAUUGACGCCGCCAGCAGGGAGAUGACGCGUAUCAAAGUGGAGUCUGGAAAGGCUGACAGAUAUUGCUUCGACCAAGCGCAGGCCCACGUGUACCACCUGAUGAAGUCAGAUAGUUACUCGAGAUACCUCCGUUCGGAAAUGUACAAGGACUACUUGAACGGCUCCAAGAAGAAGACAUCCGUGAAAGGGAUUCGAUGCAUUGUAUCGUUCACCGGGCGAAAGGAGACAUCCGCCAAUUGAUAAUAAUUAUAAGUAAUUCACAAGCAGUUCUUAGAAUAAUUCAUGUAAUACAACAGACAUUAAAGUAAUACAAAACUUAUUAAAAUAAUACAAAACGUAUUAAAAUAAUACAAAAUGUAUCAAAUUAUUACGCGUAUCGCUUUAAGAAUAUUCAUAUAAUAAAUUUAAUCAUAUUUUAGGCGUAACCAAUUACUUUUUGCGAAUUUAUUUAAAAGUAAUCUUUGUAUUUUUACCUUUAAUAGUUCGUGAAUAUAUAUCUUUUCUGAUGUUCUAUUGCGAAUUGUUCGAACAAUUUAUAGUUUUGUUAGUAUAUUUAUUGAAUAUUGAUGCUUCCAGUAAAAAUAAAUACUUACAGUUAGAAACUGUUAGGAGUGUGCAUACAAAAAUAAAAAUAAACUUACAAAUAAAUGCAAUUAUUUUCAACUUUGGAUGUAACGCGCACAUGACGUCAGCAUUUAAAUUGCUUUAUCACUACAAUAUUGUGAUACAAUUAUAUUUCAUAGGAUAAUAUUGUAGUUUGAUCAAUACAAAACUGAUUAAAUCCAUACAAAAGUAUUUAUAAAAUACAAUACUAUUAAAUAAAUAUCUCGAAUUGUAAUGCAAACUCGUAUUAGUAAUACAAUCAAAGUAUUUAAAUUGAUUGAUUGAUUGAAAUGGACUUAUAUAUGAUUGGUAAUUUUAUAGUAUAUAGUUUUUGAGUGGGUAAUUACAUUUCAAUACAAGAAACAUUUAAAACUUUUUAAAUAUAUAUUAUGUUGUGGUUGCAUUUCAAUUUAGCUUUAUAUGUUUAUAAUACAAAAGUUAAUUGUAAUUAAAUACAAAAAUUAUUGUAUUUACCCUUUUUUGUACAUAUACAUUGCAUGAGCACGUGCGAUUUGAACAUAUAUUUUAUAAUAAUUUUUUAAUCUUGUAUUCUCUCUUUGAAAUUUAUUAUCUUAGUGUAUCGCAUUUAGAGUUAACAUUUUAAAUAAAAUUUACUCAAGGAUUUGAUAUUAUAGUGUUCUAUAGUGUAUUAUAAAUGGCUAAGUACGAGUCGGAUUUGCGGAAAAAAUUCCAUAUUUGAAAUUUUACCGGCCAAUAGAAAAAACGUAAGUAUUGGAAAGUAAUGUGGUCUAAAGCCACUGUUGAAGGAUACUCCAUGAUAAAGAAUGUGAUGAGCCGUCACGAAGGAUAUCCUGUUAGUUAUCGAUAAUGUUUAUAUUAUGUAUAUAAAAUAUAACUAAUUCAGUAUUUUAGAAACAAAAAAAAAACAAUUUCAUUAAAUAUUUAUUAUUAAAAUUUAAGUAGGCGUUAUUUGUGAAAAUCCAUCAGUAUCCAAAUGUUAUGAGCUAUCUUAAGUGUUCAUUCCAUUAACAAUUGUUCAUUCCGCUAACAUUAGAUCACUUGCAGAAUGCACUUAAAACGCACGGUUUGGAUUGAAGGGUUAUACUUAUAAACUUAGUAUACUGCCGUAAUAGACGAACCCUGUGUGAAAGAGAGAUAACUAUCCUUACAUAAAAACCUAGGUGUGAGAAAGAAACGGAAUAGACGAAGACCAUGAAACCGUUUUGAAACAAUUUAGUGUCCAUUAGUCUCCUGUCAGAUUGGACCGCGUUUUAAUUUUAGUGUUUUUUAUCGUUAUUGUUCUGUGUUUUAGCGGAUAUUAAUUGAAAAAUAUAAUGAUGUAGUGUUUUGUGUUAGAUUGUGUUGUUACAUAUAACAACAAUCAUACUAGAGAAACAUUUCACAUGUAAAUAUUGAUUCUUCAAUACCACUUUCGUGAUGUUUAUUUUCGUACAUCAUAUUCACUAAAAUACUAAAUAUUACAUUUAAUAUACGCAGUAAACAUUGUAUUAUCUAAAAUUUAUAUUAAUUAAAAAAAACAUGUGUUAGAUAGUAAAUUAAUAUGGUAUACACGAAUAUGAUGACAUCAAUAUUUGUCAUAGGGUUUGUCUAAAAGCAAAAUACUACACACGUCACUAACUCACUAACACAUCUGUAAAACUAUCACACAUGAACAUUUUAAAUUUAGUCUCGCCGUAAUGAGGAGAGUUUUUGACUAUGACACUAGUACACUAGGUUUAUGGUUAUACGCGUCCUCCACUGAACUGUUGCUUUUGCGUUCAAGCAGAGUUUUGCUUAAAUUAGUUCGACACGUGUAGAAGGAGUGCUUAUUUAAAUACACUAUGAGUGCGUAUUUGGGCAGAGUUUCGCACUUAAAAUUCACAAUCUUUGAUUAAGGAUUGGUCUCCGCUGCGCUCCAACUAGAUACCGCACUUCCUGAGAACAAUAGAUUUUUUUUAUUCCGGCAACUAUUAGAUGCUUGUGGGCGUGGCAUCUUGACGCUCUUUCAAAUAUUGUAACAUACGCUUCGUGUUAUUUUAUAUUUGAAAUUAAUAAAAUACAAAAUACUUACUGAUGAUAUUAUGCGAACCCAGUAUCUUUGUUAUUUCUUGUAGUAUUAUCUUUACAAAGUUUUACUACGCAAUCUGGCAUUUUACUUUCAAUUAUUUGCAAAGUGUAACAGAACAUGAGGUACGUCAACGUCACACAUUGUUCGAGACUGGCUCGAGUACACCCACUUGGGCGUACUUGCCGCACUUUGCGACUACGCCUGCGGUAUCUAGCAUCGGAAACCAAUUCUUAAUCUUAGAAUCUUAAUCGAACUUAGCACUUUAGCAACCAACUGUUAAUUGGCCCUGCCUCAGCACCAAUAACUUACACGAAUCAAAUUAAAGUUAAUUUAAUAAAAAUCUGAAUAUUAUUUGCUAUAAUAGUUAUUUAUAAUCAAUCAUCUUUAAACUGAAGUGUUAAUUAUAUAAAAUAAUAUUACUAACACAGUUAUAAAUAGCAGUUUAAUAAAUGUAAUUAUUAAUUGGGAUAUCUUAUGGCGUUGGUAGCGCUUUUUUACCAUACAUUGUUAAGUAAUUUAAACGGAUUUAAAAAUUUAUUUUUAUUUAAUUAUUUUAAUUGACAAUGUUUAUGGUACACUUGGGGUUAGGGAUAUAUUGAAAUAAUAAAUAUUUAAUUCUCGAAGUAGAGGCCAGUUCUACGGUGUCUAGAGAAUAGUAACGUUGAGAAGCAAAAUUCCUAACAUAAUGCUGACUAGAUACCAUUUUUAACCGACUUCAAAAAGGAGGUUAUCAAUUCGAUCGGUAUUUUUUUUUAUGUAUGUACACCGAUUACUCUGAGAUUUAUGAUCCGAUUUACGUAGUUUUCGUUUAGUAGUCCUUAGAUCGAUGCAGCAUAUAUGCUUUUUAGUCCCAUAAAAAUUUUACAUAGUUUGGCCCAGUAGUGUUUUAUUUUAUGAACAUUUUAUGAAAAAUUUUGUUUACCUCGAUGAUAUAAUUGUUUUUUGUGUACGGCUUUUUUAGGAGUUUUCAUUCAGGUUGACUAUAAAUUAUAAUUAUUUACUGACACUAAAAACUGAUAUAUAAAAAAAACUAUGUUUAAAAAGAACCGACUUCAAAAACUGAACUUUUUUUCUUUCUUUAAUGUUCAUAUUGUUAUUACUUAUAAGAUUUCUGUAAACUAAACUUUACAGUUUCGCCUCUAAAAAAGGCAUCAUCAGGACCUUUCGAACGUGAGUUUCACUAACACUAAGGUAACUCGUAACAUUUUGACUUUAACUAUUGUAAAAUUAAUAUUUAAUUUAUUAUAGUUUUAUUAGUAAUGUAGAAUCUGUAUUUUAAGUCAAUUUUUAAUAAAUAUUUGCAUUAUUUAUUCGUUUUCUAGCGAUAGUCAAAACUUGUUUGUACAUAUUUAAAAUUGUUUCAGACUAUGUGAGUUUUUAUAUUUCUUCUCACAUUUUUAAUUUGUAUUUGUGUGAUUUGCGAUUUAAAAAAAAAUCAAAUAUCAAUUUAAGCCAAUUGUAAUCUCUGUGUCAUUCUAUAUAAUUUUAAUUAAGCUAAAAUCUAGCGAACUAUAUACAAACUAAAAAUUAUUUAUAAUUUUAAACCUAUAUAGUAUGUAAGAAUGAAAAAAAUAUCAAUUUAGAGAGAAUAUCCUGAAUUGUAAUAAUAAUCCUAUUCUUGUGAUGAUUGUUAUAAUUAUUUCAUAUUAUAUUUAAUUCAGUUUCCUUAUUUACCUAUUAUUUUAAGCAAAAGUAUUAUAAAGAACUUUCAAUUUUACCAAAGUUAUAAGACUGUUUAUAGAUUUGAUUGUCUGUAGAAAUUAAAUGUUAACAUAUAAUAGCAUUUUGUUUGAAUUUUAUUUUAUAUUUUAAUUUGCAUGUGAAAUACUGAUAAUAUUACACAGUUUCAGGUUUAAUUUAUGCUCCUCGGAUCGUGUGGGUGUGGGUUAAUUUAAUCGCAUUAUAGUUGUUCAUUAAAUGUUAAUUUAAACCGGUUAUAACGCUUUGUUUUUUACAUUAAGCGUUUAUUUAGACCCGUUAUAACGCGUUAUAAUUAAACGUUAAUUGAGUCCCGUUAUAUUGCGUUAUGUUAUUCAAUCGUUAAUUUUUACCCCAUUUCAAGGUUUUGUCUCAAUUUUAGUCCAGUUACAAAACAUCAUCUAAUUCAUUCAGCGUUAAUUUUUGACCGAAAAUUUAGUCCAGUUAUUAAGCAUUAUGUUAUUCAUUAAAGGUUACAUUUUUCCCCAUUCCAAGGUGUAAUUUAGUCCAGGUAUUAAGCAUCAGUUAUUCAUUAAAUGUUAACUUUGGCCCCAUUUCAUGGUUACAAAGCGUUAUGUUAUUAUUUAUUAAAGAUGAAUUUGAGCCCAAUGUUAAGAUUAUGUAUUAAAUACCCAGUUUCAACGUUUAUGUUACAUAUUAAUCGUUAUAUUAUGCACCACCUCUAGUUUAAUUUAUACCCCGUUAUAGUUUUAACUAAUUUUACGUUAAUACUUGCCCCAUUUAAGUCCAAGCCAAUUUUAUUUUUCCUAGGAUUUAAAACGUACUUUAGUUAUUUUUUAAUAUGGCUAUUUAUAAGUAGGUAAUACAAUUUAUAAGUCUGUUCUUACAUUCAAUCACAAAAACUUCUAAUGUUGUUCUUCCAUAGUAAUAAGAUAUAGUAAUAUCAUACACUUACGUUAUAGACAAAGCGGAAGAUAUAUAAUUUACUAACACAAUAUUAUAAUGCAAUCACUAUUAAAUUGUAUUAUAUUUAUUAAAUUUUCCAAUCAUGGGCAGUCUAUUUUUUCCGUUGAUAUAUAAAGAAGGAAGAGUCGGGGUUCUGUUUUAAGGUCAUUGCCCUAUUGCAGCUGUACGGCUCGCACGACCGCGCCCCGUGCCGGGGCACGCGCCUAUCAGCCCCUUACUAAGUUUUUCCGUGUAUCUACAACUAUGUUAUGCGCAAAUAUAAUAGGAUAGGAUAUAAUUAUUUUAUGGAUAUAGUAUUGCUCCUGUUACUGCAUUUAGACCACAGAGUUGCUUAGUUACUCCAGUCCAGAUCCUUUCAGAAGUUCAGAACCCUCCUGGGACUUCUCGGACAUCUCGCCUAUUUUGCGUGGUGGCGUGGCCUAACUAAUCCUGCCAUCCCAACUCCUCAAGGUAGUUUAUCAAACCCCUGAUGUCAUCCAUAAACUCGGGGAGAAACCUCAGUGACACCAGGUGUUUGGCCUAGCCUGUAGCCACUUUCAGGGUGCCCACCAUGAUUCGGAUGUCGUGUCUGUUUAUACUGAUAAGUCGACGUAUCAGUGCAGGUAUUGCUUCUUUUGGCUGUCUUCAGUUUGCGACGUUUGUCCAUUGGGUAUUGUGAAAUUACUGAGCGAAAAUGAGACUUAACAUCUUAUGUCACAAGGUGACGAGGGCAAUUGUAGUGCCGCUCCGCAUUUUAUAUUUUUCAAGAUUCUUGUGCAGCACUGCAUUUUAAUGGGCAGGGCGUAUCAAUCACCAUCAGCUGAACGUCCUGCUCGUCUCGUCCCUUACAUUGUUAUUUGUGUAAAUAGAUUUUGACAGAGCGUAUCAGUCAAAGUUCUUUAUUUGCCAGAAACAUUCACAAGUAAAGUUGUUACAAAUUUAAGAGCAGGCACAUGUUUCGUCUUGACAGACAUGCAAAUAUUUUUGUGGUUUCACUUGACAAUAUUAUAAACCUAACAAUCAAUAAUUAAGGCUACAUUUAAUUUGACCAACGCAAAGCCAUACCUAAAUGACCCUACAAUACACAAUUACAAUAAUUAAUGAAGUGCUAAGAGAUAAUGUAGUAAAAAUAAUCACAAAAAAUUUAAUAUUAUUGGUAAAAUUAGUAUUGGUGCCAAUUACCACUUCGUUUGAUAAUAUUCGUUUAUUGAGUGAAAACAAUAUUUCUUUAAUAGUGUUAAUAAUUUAAAUUUAAAUUUAUUUAACACUGUCUCCUCUCUUUUGGUCCUUCUAAUCCGUGAAAGCAUUUGGCUAAAGUGGCAAUAAGUGAAUGAGCCACUUGGGUCACCAAGCCCUGACUUCUUCCGCAGUUACUUCAUGGAUAUUUUAGGAUAGUUAUACAAACCUUGCCAUUAAGUUGUUAUUGGCAUAUUAGUGUCACACAAGACUCCUCGUACCAGCUCUCUUGAUCCUGUUAAUCUCGGUCUUCUCAGCUCAUCGCUUUCGUGAAAAGAACAUAAAUGUGUUAAUCGACUUUCAUCUACUUUUCUGCAUGACCAAAAUGACAAAAUAAUUAUAAAUAAAAAAAAAAAUAAGUUUAUGUUUCGCCGAUGGUAGGGAACGGUUUAAUGAUUGCUUAAUUUUAAUCUUGACAGAGUAAUCUGUUUUACAUUGUAAUAGAUAUUUUACACUGAGAGGGUACAAUAUUGGCCCGAAAUUGUAAAUGAUUUCCUUAAGAUUAAAUAAAUAUUUAGACAACA